AUGGAGCAACCCGACCCAGCCUCGGAUGCACGUGUGACGGAGGAAUCUGACGUGGAAUGGAACGGUGAGUUUCCACCGUUGGAGCAGCUCCAGAACUGUCAAUCUCAAGUAGAAAAACAAGAACCCGCGUCUGGUGAUUGCAAAGGAGAGGAACGCGUGCAGACAAAAGGUGGCUUUAUCAAGUCAAAUCCAGAUGGGUUUGCAAAGACAAAGAUAGCAGAAAAAGUAGGAGGGCGCCAGCCGGCCUCGGAUGGCAACAGUCACAGUAUUCCAUGUUUUGCACAAGAGGAAAGGCCAGCACCUCUUUCGAAUGAAGGAUCUGGGCCGGCCCCGGGCGAUGCGGUCGCCAGCCCCCCCGCACUACAAGCGGCCGCGACUUUGGACAAAGACGACUCCCCCAACGGCAACGAGGAGCCGUCGCCAGCGAGCCAAAACGGAUGCGCCGAGAGCCCGUCGCCCCCGUCCAUCCAGAGCGCUUCCAAAAACUCUCCCCUCGGCUCCACGUCCGGCCUCUCCGACGGCCCCUCCAGCCCCACUUCGGACAGCGUGGGCUCCUCGUUCGCGUCGCCACCCUCCGACUCCACGUCCAGUCCGUACGACACCGAGUGCAGCCGCAAGCUGAUGUCGCAGAUCCAGCGGUCGCUGUCGCACGAGUCUCUGUUGGACGAGCUGGAGUCGGAGCUGAUGGCCUGUCAGCUUCCCCAAGUCGAAAGGGACGGCGGCGGGAAAGGAAGCCCCCCCGUCAACGGGGUCCCAAUGGAGCGGGAGGACUGCGUGGUGGUCUUGGAGCAUUGCGUGCAGCACAAGUACGCGCAACAGGAAAAGUCCAUCCAGAGGUUGCUGGAGGAAAACAAGAGGCAUCAGGAUCUCAUCAUGGGCAUCUGUUCCGAGAAGGACAACAUGAAGGAGGAGCUGAAAAAGAGAGCCGAGACGCAGAAGCGGCACAUGAACACCAUCACAAACCUGGAGGGCAGGGUGAAGGAGUUGCAGAGGGAGCUGCAGGGCGCCCGCGACAAACUCAUUCAACAGGAACAGGCGGCCAAGGCGGCCCUGGCGCAAAUGCAGAAGGAGACCACCUACCGCCUGGAGCAGGUGAACAGGAAGUGUGAGGAAGCGCGCCAAGAGAAGGAGACCAUGGUGAUGAAAUACGUGCGCGGGGAGAAGGAGGCGCUGGACUUGAGGCGGGACAAGGAGACUUUGGAGAAGAAGCUUCGGGAGGCGGCAAAGGAAGUGGAUCGCCAGGCCCUGCGAGGGAACCAGCUGGCUCAGGACAGAGGCCGCCUGCAGCAGCUGUGCGACGCCAAGGAAGGCGACGUCAGCCGGCUGACUCGCGAGGUGGAAAAGUUGAAGGAGGAGAACAACUCUCAUCUCAUCAAGGUCAGAUGGGCCCAGAACAAACUCAAGAGCGAGGCCGACGCCCACAAGGAGUCCAAAGACAAGUUGAGGGACAUCACGUCCAAAUUGACGCAAGCCAAAGAAGAGACGGAGCAGAUCCGCAAGAACUGCCAGGACAUGAUCCGAACGUACCAGGAAUCGGAGGAGAUCAAAUCCAAUGAGCUGGAUGCCAAACUGAGGGAGACCAAAGGGGAACUGGCGAAACACAAGCAGGAGCAAACGGACCAAUUAGAGGUGCAUCGCGUGAAGGCCAAAGAGCUGGACGACCUGAAGAGGAGUUACAAGGAGAGCAUGGAUGAGCUGGACACGCUUCGCACCAAGUUAAAGUGUCUGGAGGACGAGCGUCCGCGCUGGGAGGACGAGCUGAGCGAGUACCGGGAGAUCAUCAACAGGCAGAAGGCCGAGAUCGGACGGCAGAGGGACGAGCUGAACCAGAUGGCCGCGCUGCGGGAGCAGCAGCGACGGGACCGGGAGGAGCUGGCGUCUCGCCGCGACGAGGCCGACUCGUUGAACAACCAGAUGGCUGACCUACAGCGGGACGUGCGGGGCAGCCGCGAGCGCGAGGCCGAGCUGCUGGGCUUCACCGAGAAGCUCAGCGGCAAGAAUGCGCAGCUGCAGUCGGAGAGCAACGCCCUGCAGGCCCAGCUGGAUCAGCUGGCCGCCCGCUUGGCCGAGCAGCGGGCCGAGCUGGAGGAGACCAAGGGCGCCCUGGACGACAAGUCGCGGCGGCUCAAGCGGGAGGAGGCGCUGCGGCAGCAGGAGGUGCGGGGCCUGCAGGAGGAGCGCGCGGCGCUGCAAGGCCACCUGAGCCGGCUCCAGACGCGAGUGGACGAGCUGAGGGACGAGCUGGCCACUCAGAAGAGGAAACAGGCGGCCAACCUCAAGGACCUGACCAAGCAGCUCACGCAAGCCCGGAAGCGACUGGACCAGGUUGAGAACGGAGGCUGCGACCGUGACGGCGGCAGCAUGGGCAGCCGAUCGAGUUCCUCAGGUGCUUCGCCUGGCUCCUUGAACGCGCGGCACGGGGGCGCGGGCGAGGAGCGCCCGCCGGAGGGCCACUCGGCGGCGGUCGGCGCCGACAGCUUCCCGGAAGUGGACAAGGCCGUGCUGGUGGAGCGCAUCGUCCGUCUGCAGAAGGCGCUGGCCCGCAAGCAGGAGAAGAUCGACUUUGUGGAGGAUCACAUCAAGCAGCUGGUGGACGAGAUCCGCAAAAAGACCAAAAUCAUCCAGAGCUUCGUGCUGAGGGAAGAGUCGGGGGCGCUGUCGUCGGAGGCGUCCGACUUCAACAAGGCCCACCUGAGUCGACGGGGCGGCAUCAUGGCGUCGCUGUACACCUCCCACCCGGCCGACAGCGGGCUCACGCUGGACUUGUCGCUGGAGAUCAACAGGAAGCUGCAGGCGGUGCUGGAGGACACCCUGUUGAAGAACAUCACGCUCAAGGAGAGCCUUCAGACGUUGGGCGCGGAGAUCGAGAAGCUGAUCAAGCAGCAGCGAGAGCCUGACGACGCCGAGAGGAGGACGUGAGGAAAGCACCGAAGGACAAUCGGCAGAGAACGGGACGCCGCGCGUCGGGCGCGCCGAGGACCGGCGCGGUUGUGCCGCCAGCACCCUUUCGGGAGACCGCCGCCUCUUUUUCUCCUCACCUUCCGACCUACUUGAAUUGUUCUGUCAACUUUGCACCCGUUUCGGUACAACGGACCUUCCUCGCCAUGAGCCAUGUUGCCAUCCCUCCGAGGACAGGCCGCCAUUUUGAAUGUAGACGCGCUCUUCGGUGGAGCCUCGCCACAAGGAAAAUGGACCAAGUGUGCGUGCGUCGAUUUUGUCUCCCUGUUCUUUGUUCAACAACGCCAUCCACAGAUGACAUCUCGAUGCCAAAUGAUUUUUGCUAAGUUGAAAAGCUGCUCGCCUGUCAAAACGUAGCACUCCUCCCUGUGUGGAGCGGCAGCCAUUUUGUGACGCCGUGCUCGGCAACGCGCAAGCUCUUGAAAAUGGAAGGACGUCCACAUGAGGCCAGUUUGAAUGUCUUUGAUUUCUUUCUCCACCACUUUUGAUUUUAUUUCGAUCGUUCUUGUCUCUUUUUUAUUUAUUUAUUUUUUUUGGGGGGGUGACUUUUUUUCUUCCUCAAGAUGUUUUGCAACAUUUCUGUGAAUUUAAAUGG